AUGAAAUUUCUCUGUUUACCUGGAGGGUACUCCAAUUCAAAGGCGCUUCAAACACAGCUCGGCCCGUUUUGUGAUGCACUCAGAUCCAGCAAUCAAGAUGUCAACUUCUUAUUCACUCAGGGAACAUCGCCAGUGAACCCUCCACCUGAAUUCCAAGGCUUUUUCGGACCACCUCCAAACUAUACAUUUACCGUUGUCGACUUUCCAGAACUCGUCAAAUUCAACAUGAGAGAUUUCCCAAGAUGCGACACUCCGGAAGAAACGAUUAAAUAUGCAGUUAAGAAAGCUGGGAAUCCCACAUUUUCUGCUGUUAGGGCCGCUAUGAGUCGGUUGAUUGAUAUGCUGGAUGAUAACCCAGACAUUGAGGGCGUCAUCGGAUAUUCCGAGGGUGCCGAAGUUGCAGCAACGCUCAUCCUCGAAGAAGAAAGACAAAGGAAGGAAUUUGGACGGAUUUCCAGGAUUAAAUGUGCUAUCUUUAUCUGUGGCUGGCCUGCAAAGGACCCUGUCACUGGUAGACCUGUUCUUUCAGACGACUUCGAUACUGAGCCCAUCACUAUUCCUACCUGCCAUGUUGUAGGAGCCGCGGAUCCAUUCAUUCAUGGAUCGAUGGCACUGUAUAAUACAUGCGAUCCAGAUACUGCUGAUUUAUUUGAUCAUGGAGGUGGUCAUGUUAUUCCUCGAAACAAGCAGACUUUGCGUGAUCUCUCUGAAGUCGUCCAUGAUAUGAUUGUUUCAGUGGCCAGUUGA